CUGAGUCACCGUCACACUCCGUUGAACUAAACUACUGAACAAUGGCGAGUUCGCCGCCGUUCAUACUGUGCCUACUCUUCCUGUUCUUCGUCUCGUCGCAAACCUCCUUCUCUCUUCCACGAUCUUCCAAGUCCGCCGCUCGCUUUCGCAACAAAUUCCUGCGAUUACCCUCCAAGACAAUCGGAGCACCGCACUACAAAUACGAGAUUCGCUACUUCCAGCAGCGGCUGGACCACUUCAGCUUCGCCGAUCUCCCUCCCUUUCGUCACCGUUACCUCAUCAACACCGAUCACUGGCUAGGCCCGUCUCGCCUUGGCCCCAUCUUCUUCUACUGCGGCAAUGAAGGAGACAUCGAAUGGUUUGCCGCCAAUUCCGGUCUCGUCUGGGAACUCGCGCCUCGCUUCGGCGCCAUGGUUAUCUUCCCCGAACAUAGAUACUAUGGAGAAUCAAUGCCCUACGGAAGUAAGGAAGAGGCAUAUAAGAAUGCGACCACGUUGGCAUAUCUAACAACUGAACAAGCGUUGGCAGAUUUUGCAGUGUUAAUCACUGAGCUCAAACGCAAUACUUCUGCCCAGGCAUGCCCUGUGGUUUUAUUUGGAGGAUCAUAUGGUGGAAUGCUUGCAACAUGGAUGAGGCUUAAAUAUCCUCACAUUGCAAUAGGCGCACUUGCUGCUUCUGCCCCAGUUCUUCAGUUUGAAGAUGUUGUGGACCCCGACACAUUUUACAACAUUGUCUCCAAUGAUUUCAGACGUGAGAGUAUUAGCUGUUUCAACACUAUCAAAGAGUCGUGGGAUGUAAUAGCAUCAGUAGGAUCGACAAAUGGUGGACUUUCACUACUGUCCAAGACUUUCCAUCUUUGUGGGGAACUAAAGAAUUCUUACGACCUUUCUGACUGGUUGGAGUCUGCAUAUAGUUAUUUGGCAAUGGCUGAUUACCCAUACCCAGCAGAUUUUUUAAUGCCUUUACCCGGAAAUCCAAUAAAAGAGGUUUGUAGGAGAAUUGACAGUUUACCUGAUGGCACGAAUAUCCUGCAGCGAAUAUUUGAAGGAGUUAGUGUCUAUUAUAAUUACACUGGAACAGUUGACUGUUUUGAUUUGGAUGAUGAUCCUCAUGGUAUGAGUGGCUGGGACUGGCAGGCAUGCACUGAAAUGGUUAUGCCAGUGUCAAGUAACAGCAACACGAGUAUGUUUGCAGCAUUUGAUUAUGAAUACAGCGCUGAUGAAGAGUAUUGCUAUAAUAGCUACCAUGUUAUUCCAAGGCCUACAUGGAUAACAACUGAAUUUGGUGGACAUGACAUCAAGACUGCUCUUGGAACUUUUGGGAGCAACAUUAUAUUCUCAAAUGGUCUCUUAGAUCCAUGGAGUGGUGGCAGUGUUCUUCAGAACAUAUCAGAAACGAUUGUUGCUCUUGUUACUGAAAAAGGUGCCCAUCACUUGGAUCUGCGUGCUGCGACGCCAGAGGAUCCGGAUUGGCUGGUGGAGCAGAGGGAAUCUGAAGUAAAGCUGAUAGAAAGCUGGUUGAACAGUUACUUCGAGUCAAAAAGGAAAAGUUUCUCCAUUUAGAAGGUGAGUUCUUGGCAGCGAAACCUUGGUUGUUUUAACUCCCUGUUAUUAAGAAACAAGUAGCAUGUCUAGUAUGGUAAACAAAUCCCACGUUUACAAAAACUUAUGUUACAGUAUUUCCUCGUUAUUUUAGUCUUUGUUCAAAAA